GCGUCUGUCAAUUUAAAAUUUGACGGUUACGUUUGAUUCAAAUGUUUGAACUUCAAACGAAAACGAAUUAUUAUCAUGACGAUUUGACUACGUUGAUUUAAUAGGACGUGUGUUUUCUAGUUAUUAUUUCUAUUGGAUUGGACUAUAAGAAGGAACUUUACCUAUUUGUGUAUUUGUAUGACAAGCGGUGUGUGUAGUUAAAUGUUACCGUGCCUAUUAACACGAUGGUGAAAUUCGAAAGAGGUCCUGGAGGACCAAAGCUUGCUGCCCCUUCAAGAAGCGGAUCUACACAGAACAUGGCAGCGAAUAUCAAAGUUGUUGUCAGGGUUCGACCGAUGAAUAGCAAAGAAAUGGAACAGAACAACAGAAUUGUCGUGGAUGUUGUUGAUGACAGGAUGUUAGUGUUUGACCCGAAAGAGGAAAUUCGUCCCUUUUUCUACCAAGGCGUACAGCAACCAAACAAAAACUUUCUUAAACGCGGCAACAAAGAAUUGAAAUUUGUAUUUGAUAAUGUGUGUGGUCAGAAUGCAUCGAAUUACGAUGUUUUUGAAACCACAACUAAAGAAAUGUUACCCUCCUUGAUGGAAGGGUACAAUUGCUCUGUGUUUGUGUAUGGGGCUACAGGUGCAGGGAAGACAUUCACUAUGAUUGGAAGCAAGGAAAAUCCUGGAAUAACAUAUUUGACUAUGGAACACUUGUUCUAUACAAUCAAUUCUUUUGAAAAGGACAGGGAGUUUGACAUCGGAGUUUCAUACAUCGAAGUCUAUAAUGAAAAUGUUUAUGACUUACUAAAACCAUCAAGUACUCCACUGCAAUUGCGUGAAGAUUCCAAGUAUGGAGUAAUGGUGGCUGGAUUAACUUUGCACAAUAUCAAAACAGCAAGAGAACUUUUAAAUAUGUUGGAAAAUGGUAAUAAAAAUAGAACCCAACAUCCAACAGAUGCCAAUGCAGAGAGUUCAAGAAGCCAUGCUGUGUUUCAAGUGUAUGUAAAGAUGCGAUAUAAGACUAGCAGUCAACUGCGUAUUGUGAAGUUAUCUAUGAUAGACCUGGCUGGUAGUGAACGCGCAUCCGCCACAGGUUGUAUUGGGGAGAGGUUCAAGGAAGGCGCUAAUAUUAACAAGAGUCUGUUGUCUUUGGGUAACUGUAUAAAUAAAUUGGCUGAUGGAAGCAGUUACAUACCCUACAGGGACUCAAAACUAACUCGCCUCCUCAAGGACAGUCUGGGCGGUAACUGCAAGACAGUUAUGAUUGCAAAUGUAUCACCAUCGAGCCUCAGUUAUGAGGACACAUAUAACACUCUAAAAUAUGCAGCUCGGGCUAACAAGAUACAGCUCAGUAUUAAGAAGAAUAUAGUGGACGGAGAGAUGAGGCUAUCACAGUACCUCAAGAUCAAUGAAGAGUUGAAGAAGAAGAUCAAGGAAUUGGAGGCAAAGUUGUCACUCUCUUCUGUCAGGGUGGUCAAAGAAACUGAUGGGAAUAAGGAGAAAGUGAAACAAUGGCGUCAACGCAUAUUAGCUGAGGAAGAAACCCAUACUGCACUUGAGGAAAAGCUACUGUCUCUCAUGUGCCAGCAGAAAGUCUUGGCUUUGAGGCAACGUCUGAGGACAAGGGCCUUUUCUCAUGUUGCUGAUUUAGCUCAUCGGUCUUCAUCGGAGCCUUUGAAUCAAAUACGCACGGAAGACAUACCUCGUCAGGAGCGAGCAGCGGAAAGUUACGCUAAGAAAGCCAUAUUAUUGGACACGAAAAUCAUGACCACUUGGACGAAGUGGGAUGAGAGUCGGAAGAAAAUGAAAAAUCUAUACAACAAGGCACUAACCGACUGUCCAGAUAUCAUUGACUUUGUUGAGAAACAACAAUUGCAAAGUGACCUCAGACACAUUAAGGCUAGAGACGAGUUGCGGUAUAAAUUGCUAACGAUCGAGAAUCAGGAAAUAACAGCGUUCACGGAUUACAUGAGCGAUAUGCCAAAUAUGCUUAAAAAGCUUUACCUGACGCUCAAAGGCUACGACAAAGCUCCGCCGGCAUUGACGGAAGAAUAUCACGAAAUCAUGAAGAAAGCAAAGUCCGCUAAAGGAAUUACGUGGUCGGACGAAGAUUUAGAAAACGACGUGCAUUUUAAAUUCAUUUCCUCUCUCGAUUUGGAGAAACCGACCACUACAUUGGACUUUGGUAAAAAGGACGUAAACUCAACUAUAGACAUUGUAACGGAUAGUGAUGAUUUGACAGACAUAGAGAACAAAGAACCUAAACAGUUAUCAGCUAAGAAACGCAAAGGGACACCGAUAAAACUGGCUAAUAAUGAGACGAUAAUAAUAAAUGAUUCAUUCGAAAGUUUGGAUGCGACGAGAAAUUUGAAUUCGGCCAAGAAGGUUAAGAGAGAAAAUAGUCCAGCGUUGGACAUUGAGAAUAAUUAUGGGGUUAUCGAUCCCAACAGCUUGAAUUCGACGUUCGUGCUCGCGAAUAAUAUGAAUUCUUGGAAGAAAGUGCCAGUUAAAGCAGAACCCAAGGAUAGAGAGCCCGUAAAGACUGGACUUCAGGAUAGGACUAAUAUUAUUCAUCGACCCAUCAGUUUUAAUGAUAGAGCGAAAAUAGUAAAACCGGUGGUUGGUAAAGCAGCGGCGUUCAGAAGAAACCCAGCUCCGCCGGUGAAGCCCGCGGCCGGUUUUGGUUCCAGCGUUGCCAGGGAUGGGACUGCUUUGCAAAAGAAUGUGCAAGACGCAAGGAAGCCGAUAAAUCCAAAAUCAGUUGGUUAUAAAGCAGUGCGAGCGAGAGAGAGAAUGCAGACCCACCCGUACACGAGACCGGCCAUCAGGAAAUGAAAAUUUUGUGAAAUACGUAUAAAUCAUAAGGUAUGUAGCAAAGAUUUUUUGUGAAAUAAAAGUGAAUAAUAAUUUAGGGAUUGUAUUGAAGAAGAUUGUUUGUGAAAUUGAUGUUUCACAUUUGAAAGAGUCGUGGCGAUAAUCGAGUUACGCUUUGAAAUUUUUGCUUUGUGUAUUAUAUAAAUAAUAAUAGAACUAUAUCUAUAUUUGUACGAUACUUCUAGUUUAAUGAUUACUAUAAAAAUACGAUUCAUUGUCAUCAGAUGUUUAGUGUGUGGGCUAAUUAUCGUAUAUUAUAUAACU